AUGUCAGCCACUAGUACCGUUCCUUCAGAUAUAGCAUCCACAUCAGCCUCCACUCCUGCAAUGUCAGCCACUAGUACCGUUCCUUCAGAUAUAGCAUCGACAUCAGCCUCCACUCCUGCAAUGUCAGCCACUAGUACCGUUCCUUCAGAUAUCGAUAUCAACCAUCCACAUCAGCCUCCACUCCUGCAUUCAUCCACAUGUCCAGCCACUAGUACCGUUCCUUCAGAUAUAGCAUCGACAUCAGCCUCCACUCCUGCAUUGUCAGCCACUACUACCGUUCCUUCAGAUAUAGCAUCCACAUCAGCCUCCACUCCUGCAAUGUCAGCCACUAGUACCGUUCCUUCAGAUAUAGCAUCGACAUCAGCCUCCACUCCUGCAAUGUCAGCCACUAGUACCGUUCCUUCAGAUAUAGCAUCGACAUCAGCCUCCACUCCUGCAAUGUCAGCCACUAGUACCGUUCCUUCAGAUAUAGCAUCGACAUCAGCCUCCACUCCUGCAAUUGUCAGCCACUAG